UUACGACAGCGGCAGUCGGCGUACGGCGUGAGGUCUGAGGGUAUGACGCUCGUCACGUGGACGUUCGACUGAGGUCAUCGGCUGAGCGCUCCUCAAUGGUUUUGCUCAACAACAAAAACAGCUGCGACGCAACAGAGUAAAACAACGCCCCAAAUUACGCCAAGUAACGUUACGCCCGCACACGUCAUUAAUUAUUAUUAUUAUUUUCUUAAAAGUACACUGAACUAAUUAUUAUUAUGAAUUGUGUUCGUCUUCUUCUACUUAAUUUCAAGUCAAGUGGCGUGCACAAUUAAGCCACUCAUUUAUUUCAUUAUUCAGAACAUCCUUCAGAUGUGACUCAGUGACUGUGCCUUGAAUUCAAUCUGCUUAUGGGAGCUUUAACGUAUUAUGUAAGCAGUGGUUGUGCAUGUAUUAUAUAUCAUUAUUGAAAUGUAUUUGUGCAGCAAAAGUCUCCCCCCAUGCCUCACUGUGUUUCUAUUUCUGCAGGCAUCAUAUAAAUAGUUGUGUUUGUGCAUGAUGCAGCAGCUGGGGAAUACAUCCAGCUGUAAACAGAGAACAGAGUCCUCCCUCUCCCUCCCUUUCUCUCUCUCUCUCUCUCGCUCGCUCUCUCAGUCCCUCCCUCUCAUCCUUUCUCUCUCUCUCUCCCCCUCGCUCCCCCUCUCUCUGUCUAUCCAUCUUUCUAUCUGUCCUCCUGACUGCAGUCUGCAUACAGUGCUACGCUGCUGCUUCUGUGUGAUACGAGCAAGUGGGAGGAACAGCUUCCUCUGUUUUUGCCUGGAAAAAUGACGAGACCUUUCCCCAAAACUGUUGCUGCUGCUGCAGGGGAGGAUUUGGCUUCCUGUCUCUUGCAUUGCACAAUCUGCCCCCUCUGCUUGGACAGUUAAAAAGACGGAGCUGGGGGAGAAGCUACAGAGGGAGGAACGAUAGAGAGCCAUACCGGGUCUGAUGGGGUGUGCAGGGAUAAUAGAUUUUUUUUUUUAAAGAAGAAGAAAGAAAAAAAAGGGGGGGGGAGGUUGAAUGGCAGAGGAGGUAUGAGGGGAGAAAGCAAGGCAGGGGUAGACACAGAGCACAGAGCGUAGAGUGAGCUCCACUGCAGUAGAAUGAGGGUUAGAGUGAAAGAGAGAGCAAAGAAGCAUUCGAGCUGCCAGCCUUUCGCACGCCACUCGGGGUCCGUUGCUUUGUGAAGAGGGGAGAAGAGGAAUCCACCGUGGAGGCGAGAAGGAGGAGGAGGAGGGUGGCCGAGGAGGAGGAAGCCAGAGGUUCUACACACAAGAUGGCUGCUGUGUCCUCUGCCUCUGACACUGGGGACCCCAGGGGCCGACACCCGCCUGAACGCAGACUGCUGAUCCUUGGGGGGCCACAGUCCGGUAAGACCUCCACCGCCAACAGCAUCCUGGGGGACGAGGUCUUCGACGUUGGGACGGAGACGACCCACAGCAACGUCGGCCAGACGGAGAUCUACGGCCGGCGGGUCACCGUGGUGGACACCCCGCCGUGGGCCAUCCCCGCCGAGCCGGAGGACAACCCCGAAGCCGACGACGAAGGCGAGAACGCCGGCGCCGAGUCGGACAACCCGUCGCGGCCCCCGGCGAGCCUGGACAGCGAGGGGCCGUGCAUGGGGGCCAUCCUCUGCCCUCCGGGGCCCCACGCCAUCCUGCUGGUGGUGUCCAUCAGCCGGCCUUUCACUGACACGGAGAGGAGGGCCGCGGAGGAGCAGCUGGGGGCCCUGGGGGGAGGAACCUGGAGGUACUCCAUGGUGGUCUUCACCGGGGUGGACAAGCUGCCCAAGGGGGUCUUCAUCGAGGAGCACAUAGCCAACACUGGCGAGGCCCUGCAGUGGCUGGUGGAGAGAUGUGGAAGCAGGUACCAUGCUUUCGAUAACACUCGGAAAGACACAGAGGACAACACGCAGGUCCCCGAGCUGAUGGAAAAGGUGGAGGAAAUGAUCACUGACAACCAAGGCUGGUACUUUGAGGUGAACGAGUUGAUUUUACUGGAGGAAGAGCAAGCCAGGAGAGCUCUGGAGGAGGAGAGGAUGAGGAUGGAGGAGCACGCCAGACAGAGGGAGCAGAUGAUCGGGGGACCUCCCAGAGAGUUGCGACUGCUCCUGUUGGGCUGGAAGGGGGUCGGGAAGAGCUCGGUGGGGAACACCAUUCUGGGCCGCCGGUACUUUGAGUCCGGCCAGGAGACGGAGCUGUGCCUCAGGCGGCAGGCGCUAGUGUCGGGCCGGCGGAUCACCAUCGUCGACACCCCAGGCUGGGACUGGUUCUCGGUGAGGCGAACCCCGAAGCGCAUCCGGCAGGAGUCCCAGCGCGGAGCGGCCCUCCUGCGGCCCGGACCCCACACCCUGCUGCUGGUCCUGCCCGUAGUCUCGUCCCUCACCGCCAGGAAGCGGCGGACGCUGCUGGCGCACAUAGAGACUCUGUUCGGCGACAGCGCCUGCCUCCACACCAUGGUGCUGUUCAGCUGCGGCGACUGGCUGGGCCGCACGCCCAUCGAGGAGCACAUCCUGCGCGGCGGGAGGGAGCUGCAGAGACUGCUGGAGUUCUGCGGGAACUAUUACCACGUCCUGGACAGCAAGAUCCCCGGCAAGGACAGGAGUGUGUCGGUGCUGCUGGACAAGAUGGAGGAGAUGAUCAGAGAGAACGGGGACAAGGCCUUCCUGCCCAUACAGACCGAGUGGUUGAGCGAGGAGAGCUCCUACUCCUCGGACAACACCGAGCCCGAGGAUGACUGUCGAGGAUGCCAGCUGCAGUGACACGAUCCCCUCCCGCCCCGGCUUCCUGUUCUGGUUCCUGGUCUUCAAACACCACCUCACGUAACUCAAAGCUCAUCUAGACAUCCCCCGCUCCGACUCCAGAGAAGACAAAGGACUUGGGACAGGGACUCUCGUCACGAGUAGCUCCGUGUUAGAACUGAUCCGAACUUCCGCCUAGCGUAAAGCUCGACCCCCCCACCCCCUCACAAAAGGGGAGAAAUGCUGUGCUUCUGCUUUGCCCAAUCCCUGUCCAUGAGCAUGUACACUGAUAUCAACUGCUGCUAAAGAGACCCUGUUUCAACACUGCAGAGUAAAUAACUACUCGUCAUAGUAACUGUGUCUCAUCGGACACCAGGUGAACGCAUUGAAUAGAAACCAAAAGAGGAACGUUAUCAUGACCCGUCAGAUGUUAGCUUGCCACUCCUGGUUAUUGGAAGACCGACAGUCAGAACUCGUGUGAUGAAUUGACAACGCAGCCAUGCCCUUCUAGUGCCAUUUCUGUCAUUCACUUCCAAAAAUGGUUUGAGUGAAGCGCAUGUGCCAAACAGUAAUCAUGCCAGCGCACUCAUGUGAAAAGAAUGCGAAGAGAGAGAGAGAGGGAUGGAGGAGGGUCCUAAGUUGUUUGUGCACCUCAGUAUCAUGAGAGGAGAUAGAGACAUGAGUUCAAUUCUCAGCAUUAGCAUUGGAUUUGUUUCCGCUCAGGGAGUCGGGGUUGAAUCGCUUCCUCCAGGGCAAAAUCUGCUACAUUUACAGAAACGCUGAUUAAUGCGGAUCGCUAAACUGCAGGCGUAAGUCACACAUUAAGUCAGAGUGGAGUUCCCCAGUUUUGUGGAAGUAGUAGUUUUCUUGGUCGUGAUCGGUUCCUGGCAUUCUUUGAAAGACGAAGUGGCGUCUACAGAGGUAGAUCUCGUCCUUCCGGCCUCGGGAGGGCUGCAGGAAAUUGGCCGCGCUGGAACCCCCGUGCGGCUCGGACUCGGCUCCGCCUUCGCCGCCGUCGGUCACGCGUCCUUUCUUUUUUUGUGCAUUUUUCGACGAGGUAGAUUCAACCACGUGCCUCAGCGUCGAAGCGGGAGUCCCGUGCGGCCCUGCGGCGGCAUCCUGCAGGCUACGUGCAGCUUUCGCAUGCUACUGAAACGACAUAACCUCAUGAACGAUUCAAGCUCACACAGGGCUUUUACUACCUUUUUUUACAUCGGUGAGACAUCCGUUACCCUGAUAUCAAAAGCGAUGGUUUCUUUUCAUGUUUUGAAAAAAAAUAGAUAUUUGAAAAGAAGAUGUAUAAAUAUAUAUAUAGAUAUAUAUACAGUUCUCAGAGGCAUGUUCAGACGACGCAUGCGGAUAAAACGAGUGCCUAUAGAGUGGAAGGCAACGUCACUUCUUAUCGCUCGGGACUCUCGCUUGAGCAGGUGCCAUGUGGAUUUCUGGUUAUGACAUCACAACGAUGGCAAAAAAAAGGAAUGGACAAAACAAAAGUUCACACUCUGAAAGGUACAACUAAGAGCAUAUAUAAUAUGUGACCGAUACCACUGCCAUGCUGUAAAACCUUAUUUUCUACAAAUGAUGUAGCCUAUAAAAUUUAAAAAAACCUGACACUGCUUCCCCCUCUGCUCCAUCUAGUGACGUAGGCUACCACAGCACUUUAGGUGACAAGCAUGACUUUACAGUUUGAUAUGAGGAUGUUUUAAACAUUCGUUCCGAGUCUUAGAGUCCCACGUCACCUGUGAAUAUAUAUAUUGUACACGCUGUGUAUAUUAAAGUGUAGAACUCGUCACGUUGUUUGCUUCUAGCAAAGCGUUUUGCACUCUGUGGCCAAAGUGGUGUUAAUUCCUGUGUGGUCCAUCCCUCAAGUGGUGAUUGCGUCAUCAGUACUUUGCUCAUCCUCACACAAUAAUAAAAGAUGUAGAGGUA